GCAACGGUGCGAUUUCACCCUACGGACGCAACCAGAGGGCAACAAUCCUGUCUUCUCUUCCAGUCCAGCUCGGCUACACGCUUGUUGAGGCACCGGCGUCACUUUAGAACGGCAGCUGCUUAAACAACUCCUGUCAAAGCGCUCUCUAGUUUAUAAAAGCUGUUACGCGGUGGUCCGUCUUGUUUUGUGCUUUGCCCGAGACCAAAGCUAAGCACACACUCGUCCGCUCCGCUCCUCUGCCCGUUUGUGUGUGGCUUUGCCGUCGCCAUUGCCGUUGCCCCUUCUCCUCUUCUCAUCGACACAAUCCUUUUUUUCUCUCUGGGUUUGUCGACGAUGGGCUCGUGGAAGCGCCGCCCGUGCGUCGGCGCUCUCCUGGCGUGCGCCGCCAUUGCCGUUUCUUGCUGCUUGCAGGGCGCCUACGCGGUGGCGGCCCCGUCGUUCGGGGACAACUUCGAGAUCACCGGCGCCGAGGACCACGUCAAGACCUCCGCCGACGGGCAGACGUGGUACCUCUCUCUCGACAACAAGACAGGCGUCGGGUUCCAGACGAAGCAGAAGUACUUGUUCGGGUGGUUCAGCAUGAAGCUCAAGCUCGUCGGCAACGACUCCGCCGGCGUUGUCACCGCCUACUACAUGUGCUCGGACCUGGACGCGGCGCCGGAGCGUGACGAGCUGGACUUCGAGUUCCUGGGCAACCGCACGGGGGAGCCCUACAUCAUCCAGACCAACGUGUACCAGGGCGGCGUCGGCGGCCGGGAGAUGCGCCACUCGCUCUGGUUCGACCCCACCGCCGAGUUCCACACAUACUCCAUCCUCUGGAACCCCAAGCAGAUCCUAUUUUUCGUGGAUAAGGUGCCGAUCAGGGAGUACCGGAACUCGGACAAGCCCAACAACAAGUUCUUCCCGAUCGCCAAGCCCAUGUACGUCUUCUCCAGCAUCUGGAACGCCGACGACUGGGCCACGCGUGGCGGCCUGGAGAAGACGGACUGGACCAAGGGCCCAUUCGUCUCCUCCUACAGCGACUUCACCGCCGACGCCUGCGCCUGGGGCGCGGCGGCGGGGGCGGCGACGCCGGCGUGCGCGGCCAAGACCGGCGACAGCUGGUGGGACCAGCCGCCGGCGUGGGCGCUCGACGACGGCCAGCGGCAGGACUCCGGCUGGGUGGCCAGGAACCUCGUCAUCUACGAUUACUGCGACGACCGCAAGAGGUUCCCCACCGUGCCUGAGGAGUGCGCGCUCAGGACGACCGCCUCGUGAUUCGUGCGUCGGGUCCUCCCAGGGUGAUGUGCGGCCAGGAUCGUCCGUCCCCUUCCGUAUUCUUUUUUUGGGGGUCUGUCUAGCGGUGUAACUAUCAGAGAUUUGAUUGGUGGGUGGAUUAUUAUUUCUGAAAUUUGCGUUCCAGAACACUGUGGGAGUGUGGGGUGGAUGGCAGGAUGGGCGAUUUGUUUCGCGAACACUAGAGUUCGUAUACACGAGCAUGGGUAGCAAGCAAAAAAUAUAUAUUUUGGCUGCGUAUA